AUGUCUUCAAUUAUCGUCUCCAUCAAGGACCUCGUUGCGUCCAUCUUUGAGGUCAUUUUCUCCCUUUUCCACAGCGCGUUUGCUGUGGUUCGUGGAGUUUUCACCACCGCUAUCGACUUUUUAACUAGUGUACUCAAUCUAGUACUUGACACGAUCAAGGGUACAUUGGAAGCCGCAGGCGGAGUUGGCAAAUUUGUCAUCGGCAAUAUAUUCACUAUCGCGAUCAUUGGAAUCGGUGCUGUUGGCUACUUGCAGUAUCAACGUUCUCAAGGGCGCUCAGUCAAGGUUGGAGACAAGAAGUUGAACUAG